AUUCGAUUGAUUUUUCCACACGACUUGAAACUUAUUUGAGCAUGGACGAAUUUAAGAUAACGCAGGAGGAGCUGCUACGCUUGCGAGAGAGUUGUCUGCAGGGCAUCCGGGAGAGCGAGCUCUACCAGCUGAGGAACGAUGCCAAGCUUCGUGCUGUCUACAGCACCCAGAGCUACGAGGAGUUUAAGGACAUUGUAGAUGCCGCUCAUCUGCGUCCCGUCACCAAGGCGGACAAGGACAAUGCCCACACGAAGAGUCGCCUCUGGAACUCUGCCACACGUGAAUGAAAGCAUGAAACCUAUCGCCCCCCAAUAAAUACAUUAGCACCAAGUAA